AUGAACCUUACGCAAGCAGAGCUACAGAAACACAACACGCGGCAAUCGUGCUGGGUCGCCAUUCACGGGGCCGUCUACGAUGUCACAGUAGACUUUCUUGAAUCACAUCCCGGAGGCCCGGCAGUCAUCCUCCGCUGUGCUGGCAAGGACGCUACUGAGGACUUUGACUCGGUGCAUUCACCAGACCUUCUGAAAGAGGCAUUGCCGGAAUCUGCCCUACGAGGAUACAUUGAUCCGGCUGCAUUGGCUGUUGUCAGGGCUACUGCAAAUGAUGAAGCCAGACCAUCAUCAGAUUCAAAGGCCCAGGGCCCUCCACCCCUCGGCACGCUGAUCAAUCUGAACGAUUUUGAAGAAGUGGCCAAACAGUAUUUGCUAGCCAAUGCCUGGGCAUACUAUUCCUCCGGGGCCGAUGACGAGAUAAGCAAGCGAAACAAUCGUCGUGCUUACCAAAAAGUGGCUCUUCGGCCUCGUAUCUUGAAGAAAGUCUACAGUGUGGACACGACCACGUCAAUCCUGGGUCAUUCCGUUUCUCUACCGGUCUACAUGUCCCCUGUAGGUAUCGCCAGGCUGGCACAUCCAGAUGGAGAGUGUGCUCUAGCUCGAGCAGCUGGCAAGGAUGGACUCGCACAGGUCCUUGCCAACAGCUCCAGCAUGUCCGUUGAGCAGGUCAGGGAGGCGCGUACCUCUGAAGAUCAACCUCUUUUCUUUCAACUAUAUGUCAAUAAAGACAUCGAAAAGUCGGUGGAUCUAGUCAAACGUGCCGUUAAAGCAGGUGCGCGAGGCAUUUGGAUCACGGUGGAUUCCCCAGUGGUAGGAAAGAGAGAAAGUGACGAGCGGCUCAAUCUGGCCGUCACGGCCUUGGAUAGCGACGCUCAGGGACAAGGAGUAGCCAAGAUUAUGGCGAGCUCCAUUUCGCCUACCAUUGACUGGGAAAUUCUGUCCUGGAUCCGGGAACUCACUGACCUUCCUGUGGUCAUCAAAGGUAUCCAAUGCGUCGAAGACGCUGUUCUUGCAUACGAGCACGGCGUCCAGGGUAUUGUAUUAUCGAACCACGGUGGUCGAUCUCAAGACACCGCCCAAUCACCACUCUUGACUCUUCUCGAGAUUCGAAAGUUUGCACCCCAUUUGCUGGAUGGGAAAAUGCAAAUUUUCAUUGACGGUGGUAUUCGUCGUGGGACCGACGUGCUUAAGGCUAUUGCUCUAGGGGCAACCGCUGUUGGCCUCGGUCGGCCAUUUCUGUUUAGUAUGUCGGCGGGCUACGGCGAAGCUGGGGUCCGUCGAAUGUUAGAGAUCCUUCGACAGGAGAUUGAGAUGAACAUGGUUUUUCUGGGAGCUACAAGUCUUAACGAACUACGACCGGAGAUGGUAAAUGCAAGUCGUUUGGAGAGAGAGAUGAUUGGAAGUGUGAAGCUAUAA